AUGCUUUUCUGUUUGCUGCUGCUCGAAGAGAAGCUGAACACGGCAAGUUUAUCAAAGGAAGUCGCCAUGUUUGUGGAGCUGCUUUGGGGAGAGGCCAUCGAUUGUCUUGAUGACGAUUUCACUGAAAAUUUACUGGAAAAGUUCAGCAUCAAUGAUGUGACCAGGGCUGAGGGCUUGUUGCUUCAGGCACAGAGGAAGAUGCAGGAGGCAAAUAAUGUGGAGGCGUUUUCUCUCCUCAAGGAGGUUUACAUGCUGUUACACAUUCCAGCACCCUGCCCACCCCCCAGUGCCAAGCUCAUCUCCCAGAAACUAGACCAUUGUCAGUUACUAAGAGAUGUCUGGAAUGUGGGUGAAAUCGUUUUGCAAAACGGCUCCUUUUCCACUGUGGGGAUGUACCGUGCUCUAAGGUGCGGCAUUGAAGCAGUUCCUCCUGCAGGUUCUGAGUUUCAAGCUGUGGCUGCUCUGCUACAGGACAGUAAAGUACAAAUUCGGCAGGUUCUACGUGUGAGUAGAGGAGUGGAGCUUCAGACAUUUAACAGCAAACUUGGAAAUGUGAAACCGCUUCUUCACUCAUCUACUCCAAGCAACUUUUUAGGAAUCCUGUCUCGUGGCUUACUACUGCCCCAUGUUGGUGUGAAGCAUCAUGGGAUAGAGAGAACAGAUGUUGGGAUGCUCGGCAGUGGAAUCUACUUUAGUAAUUCAAUGAGAACCAGUUUGAAAUACUCCAAGCCCAGUGAGACAGAUGGCUCUCGGCUGCUUUUGGUGUGUGAUGUGGCUUUGGGUCAAUGCAAAAAUGUUAACAAAAAGGACCCGACACUGACCCAGGCCCCUGAGGGAUACCACAGUGUGCACGGGCGCUGUAGCACCCCCAGAAUUCACACUGAUUUUGAGGAUGAUGAGUUUGUGGUCUACAGUCCUGAUCAGGUGAAGCUAAAAUACGUUGUUCAGUUCAGCGUCGAUGGCGACGAGUUGAGGGAGUUUAACCGUAGUAUGGACACACCCGUGGAGCUGUUUGCACCUUCUUCUGGUGAAGUGCUCUCUUCUAAUGAGGAUGGUGUUGAAACCAGUAAGGACCCUCUGGAUGAUGUGGCGGCUGGACUGAUGGACAGCUCCGGACAGCAGCUCCCGUUGCAGGCUGUCAAUAUAAAGUGUAAACUGAUGGAUAUGCUUUCUCAGGUCAUCAUCUUCCAAAAAUACACCAAUCUGAGCUCUGUUCCCAUUGAGGCAAAGUAUGUAUUCCCAUUGGAUGAUUCUGCAGCAGUGUGUGGCUUUGAAGCCUUCAUCAAUGGGAAACAUGUGGUGGGACAGGUGGAGGAGAAAGAAAAGGCCCGGAAGGAGUACAAGAAGGCUAUAGAGAAAGGUCAUGGAGCUUACCUCAUGGACCAGGAUGCCCCUGACGUCUUCACGAUCAGUGUGGGCAACCUGCCUCCUGCUGCAACUGUCCUCAUUAAAGUCACCUUUGUGUCCGAGCUUAUCAUCAAGGAUGGGAGUGUUUUCUUCUUCCUGCCUGGGAGUGUGGCUCCAUGGCAGCAAAGCGCAGCCCUCAACCAGACCACCCAGGUCACUGUGGAAAAGGUACGUGUGACUGAUCAGGGAGAAAGUACGAGAGAAUUCACUCUGGACAUGUCCAUUGAGAUGCCCUAUGAGAUCACAAACCUGCAGUGCAUCACUCACAAAAUCAAGAUGAAGAGGACGGACUGUAAGGCGGUUGUGAGUGUGCUUCCUGGAGAGGUCUUGGGUCCAGAUGGUUUCCAGCUGUCAAUCACUCUCUCUGAGAUCCACCUACCAAGAAUGUGGGUGGAGAAUCAUCCUGACAGAGACAGCCAGGCCUGUAUGCUAGUUUUCUAUCCAGAGUUUGACAUCACUUCCAAAUCGACGUCUGAUGAAGUUGUCUUUUUAUUGGACGCUUCUGGAUCCAUGUGCAAAGAGACUCUCCGCGACGCUCGCAGAAUCGCCCUACAAGUCCUGAAGACCCUCGAUCGCAACCUCAGAGUCAAUGUUAUCAUCUUCAGCACAGAUCACACAGAAGCUUUUGUGAAAGCAGAACCGCUUGUCACAUCUUUUCAGGCAGCUGAAAACUUCAUCAAGUCGUCCCCUCUAGUACGAGCCAACACUGAGCUGUGGCGCCCCCUGCGAGCUCUCAGCCUUCUGCCGCCGUCUCGUGGCAUCCGUAACUUGUUGCUGCUGUCAGAUGGUCACAUCCAGAACGCUGAGCUCACACUCCAGCUGCUCAGAGACGGCGUCCAGCACACACGCCUCUUCACCUGCGGCCUCAGCCCAACAGCCAAUCGGCACAUGCUGAGAGCCCUUGCCCAGGCAGGGGGCGGAGCCUAUGAAUUCUUUGACACAAAAACCAAACACAACUGGGUCGAAAAGGUGACUCGUCAGGUGAAUCGAAUGGCGUCUCCAUGUUGCAGCUCAGUGUCCGUGAAGUGGCAGCAGUUCAACCCAGCAGCACCCACGCCGGUGCAAGCACCCAAACAGCUGCACGCUCUGUUCACUGACUGUCACACUCUGGUGUAUGGCUUUGUGCCGCACUGCACUCAGGCCACUCUACUUGGCAAUUUGAAUGGGCAGGAGCUCGAGACCAUGUUGUCAACCACUGAGCUGCAGAAAACCAAAGGAACAUUUCUUCACAAACUCACAGCGAGGGCCAUCAUCAGAGAUUAUGAAGACGGAAGCUUGGAUCCCAAUGAAGUUGAACAUGAGGGCAAGAAAGCUGAGCUGAAGUCGUUCAUCAUCCAUUUAAGCAAAGAGUUCUCCAUUCUGUCUCAGUUCACCAGCUUUGUGGCCAUCGAGGAAAGGGAUUCCAAACAAGGAGAAGAGGAUUUUACAGACAUUCCCAAGCUGAUUGCAGAGGAAGAUGUGGACAUCCUGCCGUAUAUCGGCUGGAUUUCCCCUGAGGAUAAAGAAAAAGAAGAGGAGACGUAUGAUAAAUGUGUUCUUGGGCUGAUAAUGUCAGCGCCAAAAAAAUAUUUUCAAGAAGAAGAUGAGCUGUCGGUAGGUUACUAUUGUGCUCCAGAUUAUGAGUCUGAAGACGAUGAUAAGUGGGUUGAUUUUGACUCUCCCAUACUAUGUUCUGAACUUAAGUUUCAGUCUAAAGAAGAAGAUAUGGUGUUGGCAGGUGACAGUGGCGCUCCAGAUUAUGCACUCGAGUUACAGUCUGAAGACGAUGAUAUGGAGGUUGUGCUUGACUCUCUCUCACCAUGUUAUGCACUCAGGAAAGAGGAUAAAGGCUGUUAUCCUGUCCAAAUGCGUAAACAAAUGGCAUCAAGGAAACAUAAAAAAGAAUCUCCUCCCCCUCCUCCUCCUCCUCCUCCUCCUGCUCCUCCUCGUCGUCCUGCGCCAUGUAGUGCUCCAAGAUUGCCCAAGCCUCUGCGUCUUUCAAAAGAUAGUGGUGUUUUUCAAAAAUUCUCUGCGUUGGCCAAACCAUCCUCUCCAGUUCACUCUGUCUCUUCUCUCAAGUCAUUUGAUCGUCCUUUUCGGCAUCAUUUUGGUCCCUCUCCUCCCCUUCCUGUCAUAUCAUUGGAGGGUAUUUUUCGGCCUCCUCCUCCUGCCCCUCCUCCUCCAGCAGGUGCAAGUGCCCCUCCUGUAUUUAUCCCCCUACAAGGCAGUUUGCCUGAUAUGAGUGUGCAGAGUCGUCAUUCAGAAAGGAUUGCUGCUGUCCCUGAAUUUAGACCCUGCAGCUUCGUCGGCACGUUUGGACAGGCGUCUGCUUACGAGACAUGUCAUGAUACCAUGGGUACCUUGUUUGAGCCUGAAUUCAUGAAUUCUGCAGAUAAUCUGCUCUCAUCUUUAGCUGCUCCACAGCACGUACCUUCACCUUAUGGAGCGACUGUCAGUGACUCUCUCACUGCUACAAAAAGAGCCAUCUCCUUUGGUGCGACACCAGCCUAUGCUUUCCAUGAAUCAGCACCAUUCGUCUCUUUGGCAUCAGCAGAAGGAGCUGCUCCUUCAAGUCCUCCUGAGCAACCAAAGCUGUUGCUGAGGCGUAGAGCCAAAUUCCAUGGGGUCACUAAAAGGACCUUUCAAGAUGAUCCAGAUGAACCUAAAUUUAACACACGUAAGCUUAGGAUGAUGAAAAAUGCUUCACUACUCAUGGGUCCCAUACGGCUGGAAUCGCUGGAUGAACCACAAGAAGUUUUUAAGCGUAGGUCUGGCAGUCCUGCAGAAAAGAAACUCAAAUGGGUCGAGAUCUUCCAGAUGCAGCAUUCGGAGGGCUACUGGGAGCUUGACACAGAUCUAGGGGAACUCCUGAAUAUAGAUGUGGACUCCUUUGCCAACGUGUUCCUCAAAAACAAGGGCAUCCUCUCUCUUGGUGUGACGGCGCAUACGAACAUUCUGAGACUGGUGGCAACUCUUCUGGUUCUGCAGCUGAUGAGGUUAGAGGAGCUGGAGGAAGGCAAGCUGCUUCGAACUCUCUUCUGUCUUAAAGAAACCUCUGAGCCCAGACCAGAGUGGUGGGAGGCUGUGAAGAAGGCAGUUGUCUGGGUUAACUGGGCCGACCGUCAGUACCCGUGUAUCUACAGCCGGCUGGAGUUUGGGUGGAGCUGGGAGUCAUCGACCCGUCAGCUGCUGGGUUAUGACGAUAUUCCUGCCUUCUCAUCUCUCAGGGAUCUGAAUCUGCAGAAGACUGCAGCACCUGUGCUGGUCCACUGAGCACACACACACCCACAGUAAAGUUAGAGGACAGCAAAACAUUAUAUGCAUUUAUGUGUUGUUUU